GGAAGGCGUAAGAAAUCCGGACUUGAAAGCAUUUGAUUACUUCCUUUUUCAUGCGCCGUACUGCAAACUCGUCCAAAAGUCUUUUGGCAGAUUGUUUUAUAAUGAUUUUAUUCGCAAUCCUGAAAACCCGAUUUUCAAUAGCGUUCAGCAAUUCCGGGAUAUGAAUGCCGAAGAAGCUUUACGAUCAAAAGAUGUCGAGAAAGCUUUCAUUGCUAUUUCAAAGGCUGAUUAUGCAAAGAAAGUAGCACCUACCCUUUUGGCCUCAACGCAAGUCGGAAACAUGUAUUGUGCCUCAUUAUAUGCUUGUCUUGCAAGCGCGUUGUCAAAUAUUCCUGUAGAUGAAUUGGUAGGAAAACGGCUAGGAUUAUUUUCGUACGGUUCUGGUCUUGCGUCCACACUUUUCUCGUUCAGAAUUAUAAAACCCAUUACCGAGAUUCAUAAAGUGCUGGAUAUAUCAAGUCGUCUUGAAUCUCGCGUAGAGGUGCCUCCAGAAAAAUUUGUUGAGACAUUGCACUUACGAGAAAAAACCCACGGUAAAAAAGACUUCAAAGUCACAGGCGAUGGAAGCCCAAUCAAGGACGCACUUUUUAAGGGGACAUACUACUUAGAGCAUAUCGAUUCAAAAUGGAGACGUACAUACAAACGCUAUAUUUAA